CCGCUCGUGCUUCAUUCUUCUACCUCCAGCCAGAACAGUCGCAGAGGCGUGCAUGUGUUGCUUCUGGACCAUGGGCACGGCGCCGGUCUGCCUCGACCUCAUGGUCGGGCGUCCCAUGGACCACGAGCCCUCUCCGGUGAGGUGCACCGGCGUGAGAACCGAGGCCGACGUUGCUAGCUCGGCCUGUGACAGAGCACCUCCCAUGACCAACGACGAGGCUAAGAUCCUGGAGGCGAAGCUGGCGCAGGUGAGCGAGGAGAACCGGAAGCUGACUGAAAUGAUCGCCUACCUGUACGGCAACCAGGUCUCGCGCCAGAGCCCCGACGGCGAGGGCCAGCAGCGCGCCCGCACGGCCGCGUCGCCGACGCCGCCGGCAGGCAAGAAGAGGAGCCAGGAGAGCAUGGACGCCUCGCAUUCUUGCGAUGUGGAAAUUAGCAACAGGAACGUAGGCACGGGCGAGGCCGAGCAUGUCGAUGUGGACAGCCCGCUGAGCAACGGCACUUGCCGGAGAAUCAAGGUCAAGAAGGUCUGCACCCGGAUCGACCCAUCGGACACGAGCCUCGUGGUGAAAGAUGGGUAUCAAUGGCGGAAGUACGGGCAGAAGGUGACACGGGACAACCCGUCCCCAAGGGCCUACUUCCGAUGCGCCUUCGCGCCUUCCUGCCCUGUCAAGAAGAAGGUGCAGAGGAGCGCGGAGGACAGCUCGGUGGUGGAGGCGACGUACGAGGGCGAGCACAACCACCCGCACCCCACGCGGGCCGGCGAGCUGCCGAGCUACGCGGCGCGGAGCGGCGGCUCGGUGCCGUGCUCCAUCUCCACCAACUCCUCCGGCCCAACAAUCACGCUGGACCUCACCAAGAACGGGGGAGGCGUGCAGGUCUUGGAUGCGGGGGAGGCGCAGCCGGACAUGAAGAAGGUGUGUCGGGCGGUCGCGUCCCCAGAAUUCCAGAGGGCGUUGGUGGAGCAGAUGGCUCGCGAGCUCACCGGCGACCAAAAGUUUACCGACGCGCUCGCCGCGGCGAUCUUGCGGAAGCUGCCGGAUUAUUAGCGUAACAAUAGAGACUACGCGAACUUCAGAAACUUCAAAUUUUGUAGCAUUUGGAACACUAAAAGGCUGACGUACUCCCUUCAUUUUUUAUACAAGGCCACAAACUCGGAUUACAGAUACCAAUGUACUUUACAAGUCAACUUUUCUUCUUGUUUAUUGGGAUCAUUAAUACUUCAUAUGCAUGCAAAGAAACUGAGUGGAGGAAGUAGCUGUGAUUAUGAUUGCAUGCAUGCAAGUAUUAAACAUGUUGUUAGUACGAGAAAAUAUAUUAACUUUGCCUCGA